GUGGGUUUUUCCCUUAUCCUUUCCCUUGCUACCAUGACCAAGAAGAAGAUGAAGAGGAAGAAGAAGAUAACGAUGAAUAUACAUACAGGAUGGCUAUUCCCCAAAAAGAAGAGGACGAACUGAUAGAGAGGCCAAUGAACAUCGGAGUGAUGUCGAUGCUCCCUUCAGAUGUUGUGUUCGACAUUCUUUCUCGAUUGCCUAUCAAAACUCUUGCAAGGUGCAGAUGUGUGUGUAAGGGUAUGUGUCGCAUUACUUACAUACGUCGUUUUAUUAAAAUGCACCAUAAUAGAGCAAUCCAAGGUGAUAUUCCUCCUAGUCUUCUGCUUCACGCUAGGUAUUGCAUUGAUGAACUACGUAGUGAUAUUUACUUGUUACAACAUGAUACUCGUGAUGAUACUCUAGAUGGCCGUGCUGUUAUUGCGAAUCCCCGGUUUCUCUCCCAAAAGAAGGAGUUUGAAGUUGUGGGUUCUUGUAAUGGCUUGCUUUGUUUGUCUGAGCCAAUGUAUUAUGGUCCUCGAUUUGUCUGCAAUCCUGUUACAGGGGAGUACAUUAGGCUUCCGAAGCCUGAUAAGCAAACUGAUUUUGACAUUGUAGCCGGUUUUGGCUAUGAUGAGGUGGCUAAUGAGUAUAAAGUGGUAAGGAUGUUGUUCCAUUCAAUUGAUUUGGUGUAUGGAAACGGCACUUCGAGUUUUAAAUUGGAAGGUGAAGUGUACUCGCUUAGUUUGGGCAAAUGGAGAAUUAUUGGAGAUGUGCCAUAUGCGCUUCGUGGAAAAGCAUCGACUGCAUUCGUGAAUGGAGCUCUUCACUGGAUGACAGAUGAGUAUGGCUCUCUGAAUGUGCAAGAACUGAUUGUUUCUUUUGACUUGAGUAGGGAGGAAUUCCAAGUUGUUCCACCACCCCCAGGCUUUGUCCCAGGUUGGCGGAGCCAUAGACUGCAUUUAGGUGUGUUAGGGGGAUGUCUCUGUUUAUUCGAUUAUUCAACCGAUAGGCGGCUUGAGAUAUGGGUAAUGAAGAAAUACGGGGUAAAGGGGUCUUGGACCAAAGAAUAUGUCAUCUCACGGAAAGGUUGGGGCCGAGACAGUGGCCAAUUUUUACCUUUGAGAUUGAUGAAAACUGGUGAACUUUUGAUGUCGUAUAAAGGUGAAGGUCUGGUUUUGUAUGACCCUGUGAGGAAAAGAUUUAGGGAUAUUCGGAUCCGAGGGCUUCCAACCCGUUUUGAAGCAAUAACUCAUGUUGGAAGCCUUCUCCCUCUCCGGAAUGCUGUUGGAUUAGCAAAGAGAGAUAGAUUUAACUUCAGCUUCGGAGAAUGGUGUUCGAAGUUAUUUCCAAUUCCUGCCCAUGAAUCAGUAAAGUAUGGAGACAAGCAGCCCUCAGAGCAUGGGUUGAACCCUGAGGGAAGAAAUGGAGAGGACCUUCAAUUUUUCAAAAGGCUGGAGCGGGACAGACUUCAAAGGGAAGAAGGUGCUUCUAAUGCUGAUAAAAUGAUCGACGAUUUUGAUGCUUUCCUUAACCUUUUUGGGAAAGGAAUGAAUAUUUAUAUGGAAUCAAGAGGAAUAUCAGUAAGUGGCCAGAGCUGGGGAAGAGGAGGUGGAGGUGGAAGGGGAGGGGAAAGUGGAAGUGGAAAUGGACGGGGAAGGGGAAGGAGAAAGGGAAGAGGCUGGGGAAGAGGAAGGGGCUGGGGAAGGGGAAGAGGAGGGGGAAGUGGAAGGGGAGGGGAAAGUGAAAGUGGAAGUGGAAGUGGAAAUGGAAGUCAAGCAGGUGUAUAUGGAGGUGGGUUUAAGACUUUUUGGGAAUGGAUGAAAUCCCGAUUUGCAGUUUUGGGUGUGAUGCCAAAAAUAGAGAUCUGGAAACUGUUAAUUCUUGACCCAAGUUUAGUUUCAUGGAAUGCCAUGAUCUCAGGGUAUGUGCAAAAGGGUCUUGAAGAGAUAGGACAGUAUGGUUCAAAAGAAGCUAAAGCAAUUAGCAUCAUCAAGCUGAAGGACUGGCUUGGUGACGAAGGUAUUUUGAGGGUAGAAGUGAUUAAGAUGCCAAGGGUCUGGGGAAGGAGAUUUCUUCUCGAGCUGAGGAAUCUUUUUGAAUGGCAGAUUAGAUAUCUUAUUAAGAACAUUAUCUCAAUUGUAGAUGGUUAA